UGUUUCUGGUCGGUGUUCAGAAUAAUUUAUUAUUAAAAUAUACUCCCUUACAAUUUUGUUACUGCCGCAAAAUAUAAUGCAGUGCUUUGUACCUUUCUGUGAGAACACCUCAACUGCAAACGGGGCUAAAUCUGACGCAAUUACUUUUCACAAAUUUCCCUCCAAAUCCAUAGUCUGCGCUGCCUGGCUCCAAGCUAUCGGUAAAAAGGAAUCUCAGUUGCCACAUGGUGCAGUUGUUUGCUCACAGCAUUUCCUAACUGAGGACUUUUCUGUAUCAAGGAAUGGUUUAAAGAAAAUACGGCUCGGAGCUGUCCCAUUUGUGCUAUAUGAUAAACCAUUCUUUGAUAUGAAUCAGAACCCAGCUCACUCAGAUGGAACAGCAAAAUUAGAUAUUAAAUGUGAAAUUUCUGAUAAUGUUAAAAUUAAAAAUGAGCGAUCAGAUGAGCUUGAUGAAAAUAAUGAAACAUUUAAGCAAGAAUUGUUAGAUUCAGACUGGAUGGAGACCUGUGAUAAUGUCUAUGAUGUGCAUAUUGGAGUAUUUAAGGAAGAAAUAACAGAGCAUAGAUCAGAAACUGUACAUUUGAGUGAAAAUUAUGUUUGUACCUCAAAUUCAGAUGUAAAUUGUAAAGAAGAAAUUUUAGAAUCACAAGAACAGAAAGAGCUAUCUGAAGAUGAAAAAGUAAUGUUUUGGGACCAAGGAUAUAAUAAUAUGAUGAUAAAUGUUAAGUUACAUCACUGUGAGUCUGAACCAUUUUUGUCAGCAGACUGUGCGCAUACUCUAGGCACAACUUCGUUAAAGAAAUGUAAGACAUCCGAAGACAAGAGUAUGGAUAAAAUCUCUUCAGUGAAAGAAAACAGCUCCAGUCAACAAACUCCAGCGACAUUAAAUAAAGUUAAAAUUCACAAAAGGCAUAUCAGAAAUCCCACAAAAACUCACUCCCUUAAGAAACCUUUCCCUUGUGAUAUUUGUGAUAAGAAGUUUUACUCAAAGUCUAAGUUAAAUAUUCACCUGGGAAGUCACACUGUUAAGAGACUGUUCUCUUGUGACACUUGCAACUUCAAAUUUACAAGGAGUGCCAAUUUAAAGAAGCACAUGAAAACUCACUCCCUUGAGAAACCUUUCCCUUGUGAUAUUUGUAAAAAGAAGUUUUACUGUAAGUCUAAUUUAAAUAUUCACAUGAGAAGUCACACUGGGGAGAGACCUUUCUCCUGUCAUAUAUGUCAUUACAAGUUUACCACAAAUGGUAAUUUAAACAAACACAUGAAAACUCACACUGGUGAAAAACCAUUCUUUUGUGAUAUAUGCCAAAGUAAGUUUUCGUGGAAAGGUAGUUUAGAUGUUCACAUGAAAAGUCACACUGGCGAGAAACCUUUCUCCUGUUACAUUUGCAACAACAAGUUUACAACGAAAAGCAAUUUAACGGCUCACAUACAAAAACACUCUGGGGAGAAGCCUUUCUCUUGUAAUAUUUGUGAGAAGAAAUAUUUAACAAAGGGGAGUCUAGGUGUUCACAUGAGGAAUCACACUGGUGAGAGGCCAUUCUCUUGUGAUAUUUGUAAUAUGCAGUUCGUGACGAAGAAUCAAUCACAGAGUCACAGAAAAACUCAGAUGCACUUAAGUAAGCUUAAUAAUUUAAUAGAAAUUAAAGAAAACUGAAAAUGUUAUUUUAGUUAGUUAAACAUUAGUUCCCUGAUUCGAUUGAUAAUAAGUGAUGAAUACUGUAGUAGGUAGAUAUCAUUACCUUAUUGACUGUAAGACCUACUGUCUAAUGGUUUUAAAUUUUAUCUUGUCUGUACCUACUCGUCUCACGCGGAAACUACUGACCACCUGCUGACGGAUUUGAACGCAACGUGGUAUACCUACUUACUUACCAAUGGGUUAUACCCACUCCCCAGAUCAACAUUAGGAUCGGUUUUAUUCCGAAAAACAAUAAAGUUCAUUUAGAGUAGGACAUGAUCCUUCAGGCCCAAAAUGUUGAAUUCCUAAAAUGUUGAAUUCUUAUAAUGUCGAGUUUGCAAAAUGUUGAAUCUUAGAACUUUAGAAUAAAAACCCGUAGAACCUUAGAACAAAAAAAAGAAAUCAAAGACUAGACAUGUGUAAGUAAUGCGAUUGAUGCAUUACGCGUAAUAUUACCCGACCGCGUACUGUAGCAUUACAUAUUACACGACAAAAUCAAGCAUUACACAUCACACUAAAACAUGACGCGGACAGCGUUUCGCGCUCGCUGCCUACUGACUGUUCGGUCAUGUCAUUCGGCAAUCGGCAUAUCUCGGUGCGUGGUUUGAGAAUCGUAAAUUGUGCUAGUGAGAGAGAGUGAGAGAGAGAUACUCGUGCUUCAUAUCGGUUGCGCGGCCAGCCCGAUUUUAUAUACUGUAGUCUGUAACUGAUGCAAUAAGGUUUACGUUUAUUUGGCUCCGCCAAGGUACUUAACUUAGCUCUUCAAAAA